AUGCAAGACCCUAGUAAAGUUUUCGAAAUAAGUAGUACAUCAGUUUUAGAUUUAAAAGCCGAACUUUUUAAACAAAGAGAAGAGUUCGAAAGACAAAAAGUUGUUGCUAAAAAUCAACCUAUUUCCGCUGCUUCAAGAAAAGUAGCAAAGAAACCAGGUAUUUGGGAACGUCAGAAUAAAGGAGUGCUUGAAAGAUCACAUCGAGAUGAAUUGGAAAAGGUAGAAACAUCAACAUUGGAGGCCAGUAGGGCUGCCAUGGAAAGAAAAGCCAAAUUAUAUGAUCAUCUAAGUAAAACUGGUAUAAGUGAUGAAAUAUUAUCAGAAGAAGUUUUAGUAGAUUUUGAUCGGAAAGCUUGGGAACAACCAUCGGAAGAUGAACCUACAAAAGAAAAAGAUAAAAGCGAAGAUCCCUGGGUGGAGUAUGUAGAUGAAUUUGGAAGAACACGCGUGGCACGAAAAAGUGAAGUACCUAAAUCAGAAUCACCGGUCAUUGGCCCAACAAUACCAAACGAUGAUAAUGAAAUGAUACCGGAGGAGCUACUACUACAACGUUGGGAAGAGGCUGCUAAGAAAGAGUUGAAUUCGGGUAUCGGUCCUAUCCAUUAUGAUGAAACGAAAGAAAUUCGAACAAAGGGUGUUGGUUUCUAUCGAUUUUCUAAAGAUGAAGAGGAACGUCAAGAACAAAUGCGUGCUUUGAAGCAGUUGCGUCUUGAGACUGAAUUGAAACGAGCAUCACGUCAAACCAUUAAAGAAAAACGACAAGCACAGUUGGAUGCAAGGAUGGAUAUGAUUCGAGUAAAAAGACGAAAAAUAUCUUCAAAAAAUGGAACGAAUUCUACACGAUCAACAGAAGAUACUACAACAGAAUCAGUCAUUUCAGAUGUUACAAAUAUCCCUAAUAUAUCAUCAUCAUCUACAGAUUCAACAAAUAACGAAAGUUUUAACAAAGUUUUACAAUUAACAAACCCAGAACAAGCAGUAAAUGAUUUAUUAUCAGAUAUCAGAAGACAAAUAGAAACAAAAAAGAAAAACGGAUAA